CAGCGCACGCCGCGGACCCUCACUUCCUGGUCGAAGAUGGCGGAUGAGAAUGAGACAGCAGCGAUCCCGGAGAAAGAAGAUGUAGAGGACCACGGGCACUGUAGCGACUGUGAAAAUGAAGAGCACCACUUGGAGGACGGUGAACGUGCGGAUGACACUGGUGCCAAGAAGAAGAAAAAGAGACAGAAAAAGAAGAAGAAAGCCGGUGCCACCGAAGCAGCUCAGGAUCCACUUGCUAAGGUGAAUUCACUACCAGCUGAUAAGCUACAGGAGAUCCAAAAGGCCAUCGAACUGUUUUCUGUUGGCCAAGGCCCAGCCAAAACCAUGGAGGAGGCGACUCGGAGGAGCUAUCAGUUCUGGGACACACAACCUGUGCCCAAGCUUGGGGAGACCGUAACAUCACACGGCUCAAUCGAACCUGAUAAAGACCACAUUAGAGAAGAGCCGUACAGCCUCCCUCAGGGCUUCACCUGGGACACGCUCGACCUGGGGAACCCCGCUGUGCUGAAGGAGCUCUACACUCUCCUCAAUGAAAAUUAUGUGGAGGACGACGACAACAUGUUCAGAUUUGACUACUCCCCUGAGUUCUUGCUCUGGGCUCUACGACCUCCAGGUUGGCUGCCUCAGUGGCACUGCGGAGUCCGAGUGAACUCCAAUCAGAAGCUGGUCGGAUUCAUCAGUGCCAUUCCAGCCACCAUCCGCAUCUAUGACAUAGAAAAGAAAAUGGUAGAGAUCAAUUUCUUGUGCGUCCACAAGAAGCUGCGAGCCAAACGGGUUGCUCCAGUUCUGAUCCGGGAAAUCACCAGACGGGUCAACCUUCAGGGUAUCUUCCAGGCGGUGUACACUGCCGGGGUGGUACUGCCCAAGCCUGUGGGAACCUGCAGGUACUGGCAUCGCUCUUUGAACCCACGAAAACUAAUCGAAGUGAAGUUCUCCCACCUGAGCAGGAACAUGACUAUGCAGCGCACCAUGAAGUUGUACCGUUUGCCUGAGUCCCCAAAAACUUCUGGUCUGCGACCGAUGACCAAGAAGGAUGUACCAGUGGUGAGCCGCCUCCUCCGCGAAUACCUUAACCAGUUCAACCUGGUUCCUGCCAUGAACGAGGAGGAGGUGGAGCACUGGUUGCUCCCACAGGAGAACAUUAUUGACACAUAUGUGGUGGAGAACGAAGGCAAAGUGACAGAUAUCCUGAGUUUCUACACACUGCCUUCCACCAUAAUGAAUCACCCUGUUCAUCGCAGUCUUAAAGCGGCGUACUCCUUCUACAACGUGCACACCACCACACCCCUGCUGGACCUGAUGUCCGACGCUCUCAUUCUGGCCAAAUCGAAAGGCUUUGACGUCUUUAAUGCACUGGAUCUAAUGGAAAACAAGACUUUCUUGGAGAAGCUGAAGUUUGGCAUCGGGGAUGGGAAUCUACAGUAUUAUCUGUACAAUUGGAAGUGUCCCAGCAUGGGAGCAGAAAAGGUUGGAUUGGUUCUGCAGUGACAUCCCUUUACGCCACAAGCACGCGUCACCAACGGGCCUGAAAACCGCACCAUGGACUGAUGGCUUCAUGCUUUCGGAAAAGAAAACCCACUCCUUCCCCCUCGUUUUUACUUUCUGACCUUUUGAACUUCGACCUGCACUACCGCUGCCAGGUGUACUGAGGCUGGGAGAGCCCUCAGGUUUUCCCAGUCCCUCAACCACAUGGACCUUAAGCCAUUUGUAGUUUAUCAUUGCAAACAACUGUAUUUCCUCUGAAAGCUGUCUUAAAAUGUACCAAAACACAACCGAAUGCACGGGUUACUGGCCACUACUUUCUUCCAGACCCACAGUAAAUGUACAUAAGUCGGACAUAACUGCGGUUAAAGCCCUAACACAUGCAGAGUAGAACCUACUGUUUGAUUUUAUCCUCAAAUAUUGGAAGUGCUUUUUGAAACUAAAAUAAAAAUUGAGUUUUAGAAAUAAUCAAAACAAAAUGGGUGACAGAGAUUUUAACGAGGAGGCUGAAAAAGAUGCGGUAAAUACCAAAAAUGGACUUAAGAUAAGGGCUUCUGGUUCGAUCCUUCUUGUCAUGCUUGACCCCCUUUUUUUUUUGUUUGUUUGUUUUCUUUUUUUAAAUCUGUUUCAGCAGCCGUGAAGGUUGCUCAGUACUGCUUGAAUUAAACCCAGAGUUGGUGUUUAAUUUUUGAAGCUCCACUCAUUUAUACCAACUUUUUGUGGCCAUCCCUCUUUAGCUUACUGUACUAACAAAAGAAUCACCAACUGAUCCUGAAUCUGCUUAGUUGGACACAAAUCAAUCCACACUGAUCAGGCUGGACUGCUGAAAUGAGGCAAAUGGCAUUCUGAUGGCGGGGUUGUGCUGCACACCUGUGAGCAGGGAUGAAAUUUAUGACAAAUUUUAAUAUAAAUGUCCCGUUCCCUUCCGCCCCCCAAGUUGAAAAAUGUUCACCCUGAAAUAAUGUUUCCCAAACAUUUGAAAAGUUUCAGGGUGAGAUCAGAAAUCUUUAUUAGAUUUGAAUGUGGGGAAAGUCCAAGAAUGAGUUUAAAUGUUUUACUUCAAUAAAGACUUAAAUUAUUGAAAUGUAAACAAA